AUGAAAUCCAUCAGAUAUCUCAGCUCAGCACAAUCUACUCCAUCUCCACCGCUUCUCCGCCCUCCUCCUCCUCCUCCUCCUCCCCCUCCUCCAUCAACCAACAUCCGCUCCGAGAAACCAAUUAACCCACAACCCUCGCCCGUGUUUAGAUUUGCACCAAAGCAGAACCCCGAACCCUCAAAUAGGCUUCCAACGCAGUUCGCACCGUUUCUGGCCUCCUCGCUUCAACAAGCACAAAAACACCCAAUGGAGCGCUCCAGCAGCAGGAUGUCCGCCAAGGGACUCCCGCCGUCGCCCUCCCCGCGAUCAAAGACCCCCUCGCGAAUGGCUAUGUACUCGAACUCGCCGCGUCCCCCGUCGGCGCGUGGGUUCGUCGCCGAUAUCAACGUCGGCGAUCUUGUCUACAUCCCGGCUGGUCGUCGAGGCGUUGUUUUGUUUGUUGGAAAGGUUCACGGGAAAUCUGGCGAGUUUGCGGGCAUUGAUCUGCUGGGCGAGGAUGCCGCGUUCGGAAAGAACGAUGGCUCUGUUGAAGGCGUCCGCUACUUUAGCGCGUCUCAUCCGUCCUCGGGUAUUUUCGUCCCUAUCGCAAAGGUCUCUCACAACAAGCCUGCCCUCGACAGCUGUCCGCCGACUCCAAAUACCCCCCGGUCCCGCUCUGUCCUCGGCCGCCCUUCGUCCGUCCUCGAUCACCACACAAUGUCUCCUAUGGCAGCUCCGAAUCUGAAAACCGCUGCCGGUCAUACUCCCGCGCGACGGACUUCAAUGGCUCAGAUUCCAACAACAGCUCCCCGCAGCGCUUCUCGCACCUCCAUGACUCGCCCGGCUGCAACGCCCACUACGACUCGCACUGUCGCGUCUGAUCGUGCGCGGGCAACAACGCCCUCUGCAGCCAUCCGAAGAAAAUCAGCCGUGCCCUCUGUGCCUUCCUUGCCUUCAUCAACUCCGAAAACAGUCAACAGACGGCAGACUACGGCCACGCAUGCAGCUCCGGGAAGUAUAUUUGCAACCGACGAUUCUGAUGUUCGAUCAGACGGUUCAGCUCCGAACGAUGAAGCAAUUGCUUCACUAAAAGCCGAGCUCGAAAGUUCUGCCUCCAAGCUUGCUGAUCGCGAUGCCGAGAUUCAGAGACAAAACGAAGCCCUGCAGGAUUUGCAGAACGCGCUCGCGGAAUACACCCUUUUGUCAGACAGCUUGCAGAUGUCGAAACCAGCCGGAGACGAAAGCUCGCGCAAUUCUGCGGGCGAUACGGAAGAUGGCGAUGCUACAAAACGCGAGCUGGAUCUGCGAGAACUUCUUCUCGAUAAGGAAAACAAGCUCACCCAGCUACAAAGCGAGCUUGAUGCCAAACGCUCAGAGUUUCGGCAAACUCUGGAAACGCUCGAGCAGGCUAAUAUGGCUACGAAUCAGAUGUACGAGCUACAAAUCGAGGAGCUCUCGAGCAAAAUACAAGCGGCCGAUGGCGUUGUCAAUGAUAUAGCUCCGUUAGAGGCACUGAUUUCGGAGCUCGAAGCAGAUCUGGAGCGGUCAAGAUCCGUGGAAUCACAAGUGUUGGAGAAACUUUCUAAUGCAGAGGCCCAAAACAAGGAGAAAGAUCAACUGAUAACAAACCUCAAGAAGCAAACUGCCGCAAUGGCCGAAGGCGCGACGUCCAACACUGCACCUUUAGAAGAAAUGAUUACCGAGCUUGAGACGAAUCUGAAACAAGCGAAGGCAACCGAGGCGCAACUGCGGAGCCAGCUCAAUGAAUAUGAGGCCAAGAUCGAUCAGGAACGGAAGACGAUCAUGGAUCUCGAGACCGAGAAAGCGUUGGCGGCGAAUGACAUCUCGUUCUACACCAAGCCGCUUGAAACUAAAAUCUCCGAGCUAGAGCAAAAGUUACAAGAGAACGUGGCGUCUGAGAACAGGGUUAGAGAGAAAUUCGUCGAAGUCGAGGCGGAGAUCAAGGAAAAAGACCGGAUAAUCGUCAACCUGCAACGCCAGAUCGACGCGCUAUGUUCCGCCACGGCCGGCGAGGAUCAGGAACAGCUUGUGUCUGCAAAGAAACGACAAGAGAAGCUAGAAAAAGAGAUAUCCUCACUGGAGCAUAUAGUCGAGUCCAAAGUCUUCCACGAGCAGGAACUUGAGCGCGAACUAUCCUCUUUGCGCGAGCAGCUCUCGUCCGCCACGGACGACGUUGCAAGCGGACGCUCGCAAGUUGAGAAACUGCAGCAGCAACUCCAAGACGCGGCAUCCCACCCUUCGGCAAAGAGUCCUCUCAAGCCUGCUUCGAGCGUCAGCCUCAACGGCGGAAGCAUACGAUCAACCGCCGCCGCCGGCCAAAACGGUAGCAGCAACGGCCUGUGGUGCGAGAUUUGCGAGACCGAGGGACACGACAUCAUUGACUGUAAAGCUAACGGAGUCUUUGGCUUGGAUGAAAACAAAACGGCUUCGAAUUCGUCGCUCGGUCAGACGCAGGAGCAGCCGGUUGCGAAGAAACUGUGGUGCGCGUUAUGCGAAAAGGACGGGCACUCGAGCAUGGAUUGUCCAGAGGGAUUCUAA